AUGGAGGUUGCACGUGUUGCUGUCGAGGAUGCGCAUAGGCAACAUAUGGAGGCCCUCCGCCAGUUGGAAGAGAACAAGGCGACUGCCCUUGGGUUUGGCCUAGAGCCACGACCACCAGUCAAGGAGUGGAGUCUAGAAGACUUCUUGAAACACCAUCCUGUGAAGUUCAACGGGAAGACAAGCACUAACACAGCAGACCAGUGGCUGAAGGAUCUGGAGAGGAUCUUUGAUGCAAAAACAUGCCCAACGCAGAACAGGUUGGCUUUCACGGUAUACAUGCUCAACGGAGAGGCGGAACACUGGUGGAUCAGUACAAAAUUCAUCUUAGAGGAGAGAGGCAAACCGGUGACGUGGGAGGCCUUUAGGGGGAAAUUCCUCUCGGAAUAUUUCCCAAACAGCGUUCGGUAUGCCAAGGAGGUGGAAUUCCUCCAACUGACCCAGGGAGGGAAGACUGUGACGGACUAUGCUGAGAAGUUCAAGCAUCUCAGCCGCUUCUAUACCUUGCCGCUCAAUGAGGAGUGGAGAUGCCAGAAAUUCGAGAACGGCCUCAGGGGAGAUAUUCGCUUGAUGGUGGCACCCUUCUCCAUCAAGGAUUUUGCUGCUCUAGUAGAGAAGGCCAUAGUAAUGGCGAAGAUGACGAAUGAGGUAGAGGGUCAACGACCUCAGCAGCCUCAGAGGAUUGGUGAGCCACCUAGGUCCAAGCCCAAACAUGACGAGCGGAGGAGACCAUACGACCGACCUCACCAUCAGCCUCAAGGGUCUAGGGGUCUUCCGCCCCAGUAG